UAUUCAUCAUUUCGCUUGCAACUGUAUUAUAAAAGCCUAACAACACCCGUAAACAGUACAUUAUUGACGAUACAGUACUGCCUCUCGUACCAUAUUGCUGAAGGACCAUCCGCCAUUAAUGACGGAAGAAAGGCGGAAGGCGUUUUCUCUCUUGACUCUAGACAUUCAUCUCCGUAACCAAGGAGACGCUAGCUUUGAGGAAAAUAUCCCUAGUGUGGUUUAGCCAUCAGUAAAACAGCUGUGUGAAAAGUCUCACAUUUAAUAUUCUGUCGGCCCUGUCAGAAGCCAGCGGACGGUGUCCAUGGUGGUUCAGGCUCACUAUUGAACGUUUUGUCAGCCGGAGUUCAAUCGCUAGCAUGUUUACCGACGAAGCCCUGGAGCCAGCGAGCAUCCGCUCUGCGUGGAGGACUUCUCAGCAGUCUGCGCGACACUCGACAGGCUGUCAGACCAGAGCUGUGCACAGUGCUGAGGCCGAGGUCCAGACUCUGUCGACCACCAUCAGCGGGACCCAAACAGAGCCACGGCACGAGGCCCACGAGCAGCUCCUCCAGCCAAGCGUUGACGGGCCGGAGCCGCCCGGCCUCAGGGCCUUCCUGCAGCGGGUCGAGGACAUGGUCAUCAGAGAGUUGGAUCGAAAUGGCAGAAGUCACGCAUUUGAUGAAUUCCAGGUGAACUGGGAAGACCAGAGUCAGCCAGUUUCAUGCCUCCAUUGCCUUCAACAUCCCAGCGCUCAAGAGAGAGGUCUUCAUGUAACCAGUGUGUCCUGGAGUUGUACAGGUUCAGUCAUUGCUUGUGCCUAUGGUCGGACUGAUGAUGGCGACUGGAUCACCGAGCCCUCGUGUGUUUGUACGUGGAACCUGGACCGUCGGGGUCUGAAUCCCAAACAAGCUGACCUGGUCAUCGAUGUUGCCACUGCAGUGACGGCUGUGUGUUGUCACCCCCAGCAGCCCGCCCUCAUCGCAGGUGGUCUUUACAAUGGAGAGGUGGUGGUCUGGGACACCAGUCAGACUCAGGACCCUGUGCUGGUGCAAACUGGAAUGUCAGCAGACAGCCACAGAGAGCCCGUCUAUCAGGUUGCCUGGGUGCCUCUACAGAAGACGGGAGAGUUUGGGGUGCUCAGUGCGUGUUCAGGAGGAAGGGUGCUGCUGUGGACGGGGGACCUGAAAGCGGGCCGGUUUGUCCUCAUGGCUGCCUACGCCCUGGUGCCACAGCAGGUUCCCCACAGCAGCUACGUCGGCUUCAAGGCCCGAGGCAGCAGCACUAUGGGUGUCACCUCCCUGGCUCUGUCCCCAUGGGACCCUGACACCUUCUUGGUGGGUUCCGAGGGCGGCCUGCUGCUCCGAUGCUCCUUCUCCUCCCAGACACCAGCUGCUGUGCCCUCUGAAGGCCACAAUGUGACACUGAGAGCCCCGGCGGUCUUCAUGUUUAGGCCCCGCAGCGGCCCCGUCCACUCCAUCCACUGCUCCCCUUUUCACAGGAAUCUGUUUGUGAGCGCGGGGACUGAUGGCCUGGCCCACCUCCACUCCCUGCUGCAGGCCGACCCCCUGCUCUCCCUCAGGGUGUCAGACUCCUCUGUGUUCGAGGUGCGGUGGUCUCCAACCAGACCACUGGUGUUUGCAGCAGCCACUGGACAAGGCGAGGUGCACAUAUUUGACCUGGGACGCAGGUCCCUGAGGCCGGCAGCCACCAUCGAGCAGGGAGGUGCAGACCAAGCUGCAACUUGUUUGGCCUUCAACAGUCAGAACUCCCACCUCUUGGCGUUGGGGAGAACAAAUGGGACGGUCUGCAUUUGGCAGCUGAGCCACGAUUUGACAGAGCAGAGCCCCCGAGAGAUCAGGAAGUUGGAGCAGAUAGCCAAUCAGGUGGCAGCAUGAGAAAUGCUGACAUGGGACAGUUGAAGAUUGCUACAUUUUUGUGAUUGACGAUGAUUUAUGUGAACUGUGUUCAGAAAAAUAAAAAUCUAAAAAACA